AUGAAGCCCCACCCAAUUCUUCUCCUUUUCUUAGAAGUGACUGUUUGCGCGACGAUCUUAGGCUUCACCAUUCCACAAUCUCCAAUUCGGCUGGGUGGCUUGCUCAUCAUUUUCCUAUGUAUGUGGAAAUGUAUAACGACAUGCCCCACGUACCUCGUGCGCUCUGCCUGGGCUUCUCUGGCAGGCGGAUAUGCAGUGUCGAUCUUCUUCCAUUAUAUUGAUAUUGCACUGCUGAGUCAAUGGUCCUUUGAGACAAAUAUGCCAGCAACCGAACCCCUUCAAUUGAAGGAUGAAUAUGAGUUUGUAAGACGCUGGAAGUCCCCACUGGCGAAGAAAGGCAGUUCUUGGAAAGGAAAAUUGAGGUUCGGCCUUUCAUCAACAUUUACAACCCGGUUCUGUGGCACACCACACGAAGUCAGAAAUGUACCUCGAUUUUCGUACAGUGACCCCAAGUAUGCCCCAUCUCGGCCCCGAUUCAUUCGGGAUACUGCCCUGACUGUCCUUCUUUGCUACCUAAUACUCGAUGCAAUGGAUGAGGGAGCCGACCCAGCUAUGGUUCACGAAUACUUCUCAGAGCAGAAUAUCCCGUUCUUCAGACGCUUCCAUGAUAUCUCUGGCAACGAGAUUCUUAUGAGAGCUUCUGGAGGUAUUGGAGUUAUACUCGGUCUGAUGUGCUCUCAAGGAGGCUUCUAUAACCUCUUUGCCUUGAUUAGCAAUGUGCUCGGUCUAAGCGCUCCUAAAGACUGGCCACCAUUCUACGGAUCACCGCUGGAGGCAUACUCUUUGAGGCGUUUUUGGGGUGUGUUUUGGCAUCAAACAAACACCCACAAGUUCAAUUCUAUCUCCAACUUCGUCCUGCGUAACGUCUUCAAAAUCCAAGCGCGCCGCGGAUUCAUUCCAAAGUACGCCAGGGUAAUAAUUAUAUUUGCCAUUUCCGCGGUCAUGCAUUUCCUCAUCGACAUCUCGGGCGGCAUUCCGGUGCACAAGUCUGGCGCGGUUCAUUUCUUCUGUACCCAGGCCUUCGGCAUCGUGAUAGAGGAUGUGGCCAUAAAGCUGUACAGCUAUAUUACGGUAUACACCAAUGCGAGACUGCCCUUACUGGUGGAAAGGGUAUUAGGCUUUACCUGGGUUGGACUUUUUUUGGUAUGGUCUACCCCAAUGUAUGUGUAUCCGAUGAUGUACCGCUCAGCGGCGGGGCCUAAUGAUGUUAUUGUUCCGUUUAGUAUUAUUGGGUUACUCAACUUGCCCUCCCGUAGACCUACUUCUCUUCUUUCUGGUCGACGGAGCCCUAACUUGCUAUUCUUUCUCGUAGUAUCAAUACAGGGAUCAGUUGUGUAA